AUGAACAUCGCAGAUCCAUUAUCACGACUGUGCAUAAUCUCAGAUUGCAAAAAGACCAGUGACGACGAACAUGUCAACCAGAUUGUAGAAAAUGCUAAACCAUGCGCGAUUUCUAUGGCCGAAAUUAAAAUGCAUUCAGAGCAAGAUUCGGAAAUACGUAAAGUAAAGCAAGGGAAAACACCAACAAAAUUGUUUUACAAAAGACAGAACUUAGAGACAAAAAUAAAGAACAAAAAGAGAGAGGAAAAGAACACGGAGACAAAAGAAGAAAGGCACAGAAUGUGGAUUUGA